AUGCUAUUAAUGACAACGGAGCCGUCGCGGUUCUCACCGGAUGUGGCUAGUAAACGAGGAUUAACUGCGGCAGAAAUGUCUGCAGUCGAAGCUAUUCAUCGAGCGGUGGAAUUCAAUCCACAUGUUCCUAAGUAUUUAUUAGAGAUGAAGAGUAUCAUUCUACCACCUGAACAUAUUCUUAAACGUGGCGACUCAGAAGCUAUUGCAUAUGCAUUUUUCCAUUUACCACAUUGGCGACGUGUUGAAGGCGCACUAAACCUCUUACAUUGUACAUGGGAGGGAACAUUUCGAAUGAUUCCAUAUCCAUUAGAAAAAGGACAUCUCUUUCAUCCCUAUCCAACGUGCACGGAAGCAGCUGACAGGGAACUAUUGCCUGCAUUCCAUGAUGUGUCUGUGUUUCCGAAAAAAGAAUUGCCAUUUUUUAUUUUAUUCACAGCUGGUCUAUGUUCAGGCACAGCUAUGCUUGCUUUACUUACACAUCAAUAUCCAGAAAUCGCGGCAUCCCUAGCUCGUCUUUUCCUUACUUGGUUUAGUGUACCUAUUCAAUAUCUAACGGAUAAAAUCGAAUCGCUCUUACCAUCCAACCUAUUUCAACAAUUAGCAAAAUUUUAA